GCUUUCUGUUAUUAAAUUCGGAAGCUUAUGGAAAAGCUACUAAGCGCUCAUAAAAUUCAAAGCUUUUUUCAAUGUACUGAGAGAAGGAAGAAAGAUAAACAGCUGGUUUUUUGUGGGAAGUGAUACAUUCCCAGGCUGCUUCAGAUACAUUGACAAUACAGAAAAAGAAAAUUUUUUCUUUCUACUAAACUGGUGGGGUCCUCUUAGUUUUCUCUGUAAAUGACAGCCUAAUCAACAGCCUGGAAAAGUUGGGUUUAUAUGCAGAAGCAGCUGCUACACUUUUGAAAAAAAAAGGGCCCUUUUUUUCUCGGUAACAAUCAUGUUAUCUCAACUUGGCUUUUGUCUUUGAACCCGAAAAGAGUUGAACUCAAAACCAGUUUCAGGGAAUGGCUGGUUGUUUCCCAUAUUGGCUGCAUUUGGGAGGUAAGGGUAUUGAUAAAGUCCUGAUCUUUGAAGUAAAGUUUAUGUAAUUUUUGCAUUGUGUUGUAAUGUUUUAGAUUGUAGUUGGGUAAGCAUUGGGGUGAAUUAGAUCUGAGAUUUGGAAAGAUAUGAACUUUGGGGGGUUGAGUUACUGCGAUUUUGAAGGAGUUCUUUGAGGUUUAUUUAUUUAUUUUUUUGGAGUUUUGUGGGAUUUUGGGGUUUCUGUAGAUCUUAGUUUACAGGGCUUAAGGCAUUGUUUUGAUGCUUUUUUGUUAACGGUUUGUUAAGUUGGGAUUAUUGUUAGGCAUUUUUGAGUUAUUGAUAAAGUGGAAGAUGAAAGUAGGGAAUUUUGUGGCGUUGGUUUUGGCUGUUGCUUUGUUUGUGUUUUUGGGAUGUAGAACACAGGCUUCGUUUACUCCUGCUGAUAACUACUUGAUUGUUUGUGGUUCUUCACAAAAUGUCACAUUCCAAGGUAGAACUUUUGUUCCUGAUUCGGGCCAUUCCUCUCUUUCUUUGAAGAGUGGAAGUACUUUUGUUGCUAGUUCUAAUUCUAGUGUUCCAUCUCCAAUAUAUCAAUCGGCUCGAAUUUUUUCUGGCAUUGCUUCUUACAAGUUUAAUAUGAAACAAGAGGGUCGGCAUUGGGUCCGGCUCUAUUUUUAUCCUCUUCCAAAAUCAGGCCAGAACUUGAACUCUGCUCCAAUAACAGUUGUCACUGAUGGUUUUGUGCUCUUGAAUAACUUCACUUUCAAGAACUAUAAUGGUUCUUUUUUGUUCAAGGAGUAUGCAAUCAAUGUGACUUCCGAUACCUUAACCCUUACCUUCAUUCCAUCAAAUAAUUCGGUUUCAUUUGUUAAUGCAAUUGAAGUUGUCUCCAUCCCAGAUUCAGUCCUUCCUGACCAGGCAUUAGCUCUGAAUCCAUCUGCUCCUUUUAGUGGUCUUUCAGAAUUUGCCAUGGAAACUGUUUAUAGGUUAAACAUGGGUGGGCCGUUAAUCACUGCUCAGAAUGAUAGCCUUGGAAGAACAUGGGAGAAUGAUGUGAAAUAUCUCCAUGUAAACAGUUCUGCUCUGAAUGUUUCUGUCAAUCCUGCUUCUAUCAAAUAUACGACUUCGGUUACAACAGAGACAGCACCAAAUUUGGUCUAUGCCACUGCUGAAGCCAUGGGAGAUGCAAAUGUACCCAGCAUGAACUUCAAUGUAACUUGGGUCUUCCCUGUUGAUCCAAACUUCAGGUAUUUUGUUCGGGUACAUUUUUGUGAUAUCUUGAGUCAGUCUCUCAACACUUUGGUUUUCAAUCUGUACAUAAAUGAUGAUAUUGCUGUUGCAAGUCUUGACCUCUCGAUGUUGACUGGCGGCCUAAACGUACCUUAUUAUAAGGACUUUAUCUCCAAUUCUUCAGCAGAGUCCGAUACUUUGACUGUUAGUAUUGGUCCAGAUACAGUUGCAGACAUCACUAAUGCAACAAUGAAUGGAUUGGAGAUUAUGAAAAUCAGCAACGAUGCUGGAAGCCUGGAUGGGCUUUCUUCUGUGAAGAAUCUCCUUCCUAAAUCCUCCUCAAAGAAGAACAGCAUAGUGAUAAUAAUUGGCUGUGUCAUUGGAGGUAUAGCUGCUGUGGCAUUAAUUGGAUUCUGCUAUUGUUGCCUGGCAUCACGCAAGUCAAAAACUACUCAUCAAGGACAUCCAUGGCUGCCUUUACCCUUGUAUGGAAACUCCCAGACAAUGACCAAAAUGUCCACAACAUCACAGAAGAGUGGAACAGCAAGCUGCAUUUCGUUGGCUUCUUCCAAUCUUGGGCGGUUCUUCUCCUUCCAAGAAAUCCUUAAUGCUACCAACAAAUUUGAUGAGAGCCUACUUCUUGGAGUUGGUGGUUUUGGAAGGGUCUACAAGGGAACACUUGAAGAUGGAACUAAAGUUGCAGUUAAAAGAGGUAACCCCAGAUCUGAACAAGGUCUUGCGGAGUUCCGCACUGAAAUUGAAAUGUUAUCGAAACUUCGCCACCGCCACCUUGUCUCUCUUAUUGGGCACUGUGAUGAAAGAUCAGAAAUGGUUCUUGUUUAUGAAUAUAUGGCUAAUGGACCCCUUAGAAGUCAUCUUUAUGGAACAAAUCUCCCACCUCUAUCAUGGAAGCAACGACUAGAGAUAUGCAUUGGAGCUGCUAGAGGACUUCAUUACCUCCACACUGGUGCAGCCCAAAGCAUUAUUCACCGAGAUGUGAAGACAACAAAUAUUCUCUUGGAUGAGAAUUUUGUAGCCAAAGUAGCAGAUUUCGGUCUCUCAAAAACUGGUCCAGCUUUAGAUCAGACUCAUGUGAGUACUGCUGUUAAGGGUAGCUUUGGUUACCUUGAUCCUGAAUAUUUCAGAAGGCAGCAACUCACAGAGAAGUCAGAUGUAUAUUCAUUUGGGGUGGUUCUGAUGGAAGUUCUCUGCACUAGGCCAGCUUUAAAUCCUGUUCUCCCAAGAGAACAAGUUAAUAUUGCAGAAUGGGCAAUGGGCUGGCAGAAGAAAGGUAUGUUGGAUCAAAUCAUGGAUUCUAAUCUGGUGGGGAAAGUGAAUCCAGCUUCUCUUAAGAAAUAUGGAGAGACAGCCGAGAAGUGCCUGGCUGAGCACGGCAUUGACAGGCCAUCAAUGGGAGACGUUUUAUGGAACCUUGAAUAUGCUCUUCAGCUGGAGGAGACCUCAUCAGCACUAAUGGAACCUGAUGAUAACAGCACCAACCAUAUCCCAGCCAUUCAGUUGACACCACUUGAGCCAUUUGAUAACAGCGUGAGCAUGAUUGAUGGGGGGAACUCUGGCACUGAUGAUGAUGCUGAAGAUGCUGCUACAAGUGCAGUAUUUUCACAACUAGUAAACCCUCGGGGACGAUAGAUGACAAGUGGUCCUGCCCCUUUUGUGAUCUUAAGCCACUGGACAUCAUUCUGAAGAUUCAGUUCUCCUUCCCUGAUAAAUACUUGGAAACAUCCCAAGACAUUGAAUGAAGGUUUUUCUUCUUAUCACAUUAUUCGGUUUUUUUCCCUCAAAAUUUUCAUUCAUAAUAUAUUUAGUUUGUAAUAUAGGUGAGUGAUGGCUACCAAUCAGUCCAUCAGAAAGAUUGCAUGUACCGCACUAUAAAAUUCCAUUAUUGUUGAUUUAAUUCAUCUGGGUUCCAGAUUCCCCAUGUUGUUAUUACACAGUUACCAGAUAAGGAAUAUGUUAUUUGUCUUCUGUUCA